AUGAAUCAGGAUGAACCCUACGAGAUUUUUUUGGAAGAUCAGCAACCGGAUGCAACAUGGAAAAAGAUUCAACAGAAUACUUUCACGCGAUGGGUCAAUCAAAAGUUGGAACCAGUGAAUGUUAAAGUUACUGACUUGGAAACGGAUUUUGGUGAGGGCUUAAAAUUAAUUCGUUUGGUGGAAGUGCUGUCUGGAAGAUCUCUUGGUCGAUACAGUAGGAAGGUCACUUUUCGUCACCAAAAGCUGGAAAACAUAUCGCUCGCGCUGAAGUUCCUGGAAAAUGAGGAGCAUAUUAAAAUUGUUAAUAUCGAUAGUUCGGCCAUAGCAGAUCGCAAUUUGAAGCUCAUUUUGGGCCUGGUUUGGACACUUAUUCUACAUUAUUCGAUCUCAAACCAAAUCUGGGAUGAUCAUACAGGCAGUGCAGCAAAAGUGGAAGAUUUGUCACCAAAAGUAAAGCUUAUGACUUGGCUUAAGGGAAAAUUACCAAGCGGACUUCCUUUCACCAACUUUACAUCGGAUUGGAACGAUGGAAUUCUUCUUGGUGCUUUGGUCGACUCCUGUGCACCUGAUUUGGGAGUGGACUGGCGCAACUGGUUACCAUCUCAAGCUUUACAUUCAACUCGUACAGCAAUGCAUCUUGCAAAGGAUUAUCUUGACAUCGCACCUCUUAUUGCGCCAGAAGAAUUGAUCAGUCCAGCUGUUGACGAGAGGAGUGUGAUGACAUAUCUUUCGCAGUUUCCUGGAGCAAAAUAUACACCACGGAUGGGUCGAUUUCGUGAUAUUGAUGUGUUGCCGACUGUUGGAAUCGAUACGAAAUUUGUUCUUCUGACUAGUAGCGCAACAGUGGCUACGGAAAUAAACAUUAAAGGGCCGACGGGAUCAUUGCUACCAUACACUAUGUCUCGAUCUUCAGAGACCGUUUAUAAUUUCAUCUAUCAACCGAAAAUUGCUGGUGAACAUGAGAUUUUGGCAAUAGUUCGUGACAAAAUAUCGGGCAACAUCGCUCACCUAACAAGUCCAAAAAUAGUAGCAGUUGAGGGAGCGCAUUUGCUAUAUGACAGAAACGUACAGCUUGGCAUGCCAGUAAAAUUUAAAAUUGAAAAUCCGGGGAAGGAUCCAAUUGAGGUUUUCGUAGUUCCUCCAUAUGAUAAAGGGUUCGUAGUACCGGUGACACGUGAUGGUAAUAUUUUCAUUGGCCAGUUCAUGCCAAAACGAGAAGGUGUGUAUGAACUAAACAUUUUCCAAAAAGGAAACCGGAUUACUGGUAGUCCAUUUUCACUCACAGUAACUCCACAAGCACAAAUUAAUAUUUGGGGUAGAGGUCUCGAACCAAAUGGUAUCCAAAGCGGUGAAGAAGUAAUCGUUUAUGCAGAUUACAGUGAUAGCUUGUUGGGACCUCCAUGUAUGCGAGUUCGUGGACUGUCUGGCAACGAAAUACCAGUGAGUGAAGCACUGGAUGAAAAUUUGCAUUUGAAAAUUUUUAAAUAUCGGCCACGCAAGGUUGGCAUUUACGAAGUUGGCGUAUUACUGGGCGAAAAGCACAUCGGUAAAAGCCCGUACAAG